CGAUAUCCUGACUAUCAUAUUAGACGUCAUGGGAGGUUUUGCUGUUGGUCUUCUUCGGACGACUGGUGUCGUGGCUUCCGUGGACCAUCUCUACACUCGCCCAGUUCUCGCUCUUAUCACCAGCUACGCCAGCUUCCUCAUUGGUGCUGUCAGCAGCAGCAUCGUCUUGAUUACUUGUAAUUAUCUAGACAGUAGACAGGAUUGGUCUGACGCCAUGUCUGUGUUUGUGAUAACUGCUGUGAUUGGACUUCUCGCUGGCAGCUUUCUGAAGAAGAACUUAAAGACCCAGCAGAAUGUGCCCAAGCUCUUCACAUACCCACCGUUUUAUUUUCUCCUAUUGAUAAGACUUGUGGCGUCUUUGGGUAUGUUUAGUCAAAUUUACAAUGAAUUUCUAAACUUUAAUCAGGGUGCUGGGUGAACCUGUGCGUUUCAAAU